AUGGCGGAGGCGAUCGGCAGGAAGAGGAGGAGAGGCGCUGGCGGAGGAGGGGAGAAGGUGUUCAGGUUCAAGAGCUUUGGGGAGAACGGGUAUCCGGUGGAGUUCGUCGGGCGGUUCCGGGAGAAUGUGGUGGCGCUGCUUGGGUUCGGGCGGUGGGAGAGUGGUGACUGCGCUGGAGGGCUGCAGAGCUGGUCGUUCCAGCUGCAGGUCCAGCGGCAGCCGCCUUUCCACAUCGUGAUGUUUGUCGUGGAGGAGCCGGUCGAGGCGGCGCCGCCGGCGGGGAGGCAUUGUAAAGACUGCCAGUAUGUUGGUUGGGGGCAGCAUAUGAUAUGCAAUAAGAAGUACCACUUUGUGUUGCCAUCAAAGGAGACGAUGAUGGCUGCAUCUUCUUGUUCAAACAAUAGUAAUCCUAGGCUGAGCCUGAGCUUGAGCUUGAGGCUGGUGGAAUUGGAAGGCCAUAUUCUUCAUGGGGUGUUCCAUUCCAAUGGAUUUGGGCAUUUGCUGAGCCUAAAUGGACUAGAAAUGGGCUCUACUUUGCCUGGCUACCUCGUCAUGGACUUUUGGGAUCGCUUGUGCAAUGCACUCAAAGCAAGGAAGGUGAGUUUGAGGGACAUUUCACAGAAGCGAGGCAUGGAAUUAAGGCUCCUCCACGGCGUAGCACAUGGCCACCCAUGGUUCGGCCGUUGGGGCUACAAGCUCCACCGCGCCGCCUUCUCGGCCACUCUCCAAAUGUACCAAAAAGCCCUCUCCGCCCUCCAACGCCUCCCCGUCGCCGCGAUCGCCGCCGCCCAUCCCCACAUUCUGCCCCCCAUCCUCUCCAAGUACCACUCCCUCUCCGACCACCCUCUCCUCACCCUCCGCGACCUCCUCCGCUUCGUGCUCGGCCUCCACGCCGCGGCCGAGUCCCAUAACUCGGCCGGGUUCCUGCCCGAGGCCUCCUGCAGGUGGUCGCCGAAGAGGGUGGAGAUGGCGGUGCGGGUGAUCGUCGAGGCGCUGAAGCGGGCCGAGUUCCGGUGGGUGUCGCGGCAGGAGGUGCGCGAUGCGGCCCGCAUGUACAUUGGGGACACGGGUCUGCUGGACUUCGUGUUGAAGUCGCUGGGAAACCAUGUGGUCGGAAAUUAUUUGGUCCGGCGAACGCUGAAUCCGGUCACCAAAGUUCUUGAAUAUUGCUUGCAAGACGUUUGUAGUGCUGUUCACAUGAAACCCAGGUGCAAGGUUGGGAGAGCUGAGCUAGCGAAGGACAUCUUCAACCUCUACCGAUACAUUCUUGGAGACCAGAAGCCGCUGCAGGCCAAAGGAAUUAUUCCCACUCUAACAAUGGCUUCCGAGAUCAUCCUCGACUCAAAGUUCCUCGUCAAGGAGUACAGCGGCGAGCCACCAGCGAUGCCCGAGCUAGAAAUCGAAGGGAAAUCGAACCUUUUCUGCACGGUUAGAUUCAAGCACCAAGAAGCAACAACAACACUUCCAUAUGAGUGCAUUGCAAUGAAGAAGAAUGGCACCAUUGAUGAGCUAAAGGAGGACGUGGAGAGGAACAUGAGAGAAAUCUAUUGGGGAUUGAGGAGCUUUGUAGUGGAAGGGAUUGUGGAUUUGAAGGCACAAGGGAAGGAUUUGGUGUUUGGAUUGGUGGAAGUUGGUGGGAAGUUGGUGUUUGAGGGAAAUUAUGGAGAUCAAGGAAUUAGCUGCUUGUUCUUCAACAAUGGGGGAAUGGAGAAGAGAAUUAUGGAGUGUGUUUGUGGAGCUGUGGAAGAUGAUGGGGAGAGGAUGGUGGCUUGUGAUAUUUGUGAAAUUUGGCAGCAUACAAGGUGUGUUCAAAUACCAAAUGACCAACAAGUCCCUCACAUAUUUAUUUGUAAUAGGUGUGACCAAGAAAUUGCUUUGCUACACUCAUUGCCUUAGAGAGAUGAAUUUGUGUAUUUUAAGUAUAAAACUUAUGUGUGUUUCUUUGCUAAUUUCAU